GCGUGCGAAUAGUUAAUGGGCUAUUUUAUUACUCUGAAGGCCCAAGAACUAGGUGGCCCUUCUUAUUUCAGCCCAUCUUCUGACCGCCAUGGUGCGACGAUUCCUCCUCAUUCUUCUUCCUGCUCCGAGACUCAGUAUUUGGAAAACCGAAAGCGGGAUUUUUUAGCUGAUCUUUUGCAGGUUCCACACUGUUUUUCGUCGAGCGGAGUUUUGCUUCAAGUCACCAUGAGGUAUUCCUCUAGUGUUCUUCGCUUCGUCUGUCAAUUUAUAUUUUCUUUAUUCAUGAUCUUUUUCUCACACUUGAUUAUGGUUUCGUCUUUCAGUAGGCCAAUGGAAGAGGAUACUAACAACGGAAAGACGGAAGAAGAGGAAUUCAACACGGGACCGCUCUCUGUUCUGAUGAUGAGCGUUAAGAAUAACACUCAGGUGUUGAUCAAUUGCCGCAACAACAGGAAACUCCUUGGCCGAGUCAGGGCAUUUGACAGGCACUGCAACAUGGUUCUCGAAAAUGUCAGAGAAAUGUGGACUGAGGUUCCUAAAACUGGAAAAGGAAAGAAGAAAGCUCUUCCCGUCAACAGAGAUCGGUUCAUCAGCAAGAUGUUUCUCCGUGGAGACUCUGUCAUUAUCGUCCUCAGGAAUCCCAAGUGAGAGAGCUUGAGAUGUCUUCAUAUUAUGAUAAUUCGCGCUUCUUAUCCUAAUUGUUGCAUCAGCGGAGAAACUUCUUUGAUUAUGAGUCUUAAAUCUAGUGUUGUCUUGUGUUCUCUCUUAUGACUAAAACGCAGCAUUGAGUGAUGCCACUUAACUUUGUAAUUGCAAAAGACGAAAAGUUCUGUUUUUGCUAAAACUAGACAAAAGUUACAUUA